AUGACUAAGGGCACAGAGAGUAGGUGGAAAAUGCUAAAGCGCGAAGCGCAACCUUUGCUAAAGACAUUCAUUACGGAAGAAAAGCAUUCGCCCGAUUACCUCACCGUUGAUGGCAAUUUUUACAUUCCUGCGUACGAUAAUAAGCUUAAAUCCUUGACCACUAAAUUUGAACAGUGGAUACUCUCAAAAGUGCUGGCCAAGGAUCCAAAUCUAUCCGAGGAGGCGAUAAUUAUAUCUCUUUAUGAAGACUAUGCUAAUGAUGUUCGUCUUUUUAGUGGUGGCUAUGAGUCUGCAACCUUUAACUUCUUGGAGAUGCAAACACAUCGUGACAUAUUGCGAACACCAGUCUUAGACUGUCGUCUGUCUGAUGCACUUUCAGCCCUUCCAGAAGGUACUCCCGACAGGGAUCAGUUUGCUGCAAAAUAUAAACGAUCUGUCAUGAACUGGCUAGUACAGUCGUCUGCCGUUGACUUUUUGCAUUUGCUCUUGGUCUGCAUGGAAUGGUUAUGCACUGAGUAUUCCAUUCCAGCUCGUUUUGUGAUCUCCAUACAUGAUGAGGUUGCCUAUAUCGUUUUAAAUUGCUGA